AUGAGUUCUCUUCCUGGCUCUGGAUCAGUACCGUCAUCAGUACUAUCCAAUUCUGGAAAUACAACGGAAAAUGAUAGAAAGCGGCGUGACAACAUCAACGAUAAAAUUCAAGAACUUUUGGCAAUUAUUCCACCAGACUUUUUCCAAGACUACUAUAGAAGGAAGGAUUCAGGCGACUCUGAUGCUGGCGGAACACCGGGUGCUGCUGCUAUGGGGAUGAAAGUUAAAGGUACCGGUACAAAGGAUGGUAGGCCGAACAAAGGGCAAAUCCUCACGCAGGCGGUGGAAUAUAUCACACAUUUACAAGGCCAGGUGGAUUCGAAAAAUCGUGAGGAGGUCGAGCUUAUACUAAAAGUGAAGGAUCUCAGCAAAGAGACCGGAGUGAUUGUUAAUGAUAUCAACCUGGAGAACACUAGCGCAGAAGUUGCGCUAGCGAGGAUUGGGGUGGGGCCGUUGGCCGGAACUGUUGACGACUACUACGGGGAAAAGGCACAGAAGAAUAAUAACUUUGAGUAUGGAGGGUAUGACGAGUAUGGGGAUGGCAGCUGA